CCUCCCCCACCCACCACUUUUCCCGAACGUGCUUUUAUCGCCAGCUCCUUUUUCUCUCUUCCUCCGGAACGACACCACCGCAAGAUUCUCGCUUCCGUAUCUUUCUAAAACUUUCUCGCCCUCCAAACACGCCCUACGCCACUCUCUUUGCACUCACUUUUCCCCUGAGCCUCGUCGGAUCUGGAUCGUAACGAGUCACGCCGCUUGGACUGCACCUCGGAAUCGGUGGCGGUCAUGGAGGAGCCGCUGGAGAAGCGCCGGAACUCUUCCGGGAGUUCAGGGGAAGUUGCAGUGAGAAUCGAGGAUGUAGCUCGCGGGGGAAGUAGCGGCAAUAGCGUAGAAUUGGAGAAAUCGGUGGACGGAGGCCAUGGUGGCGGUAGCUAUACAGGAAUUUCUGGCGGGAGCGUGUCUAAAGGGAACACAUUGCCGCCGGCGGAGAUAUCAUCGAACAUUGAGAGACGAGAAUCGAAUUCUGUUCCGAUUAAGUUGGAAAGAUCAAAAACUGACAGUACCAGACAUCAGAACAGGUUGUCCAAAGAUGCUGCAAAGAUUUUCGACAACAAUAUUUCGGUGCACCAGAAGCUUAAGCUGUUAAAUAGAAUAGCUACGGUGAAAGAUGAUGGAACCGUAGAAUUUGAAGUUCCAGCCGAUGUUGAACCUCAAUAUCUUGGAGAAAGGUGCAGAACUGCUCCUACUGGAGCUGAUGAUGAAACUCUUGAUACAGAAGAUCUUCAAGACAUACGACCAAUGCAAAUAGUAAUGCUUAUUGUUGGAACACGUGGAGAUGUGCAGCCAUUCAUUGCAAUUGGCAAACGUUUGCAGGAUUAUGGUCAUCGCGUAAGACUAGCUACUCAUUCAAAUUUCAAGGAGUUUGUCUUGACUGCUGGUUUGGAGUUUUACCCUUUAGGCGGUGACCCAAAAGUCCUUGCUGGUUAUAUGGUUAAGAAUAAAGGCUUCCUGCCAUCAGGGCCUUCUGAGAUUCCUAUUCAACGUAAUCAGUUGAAGGACAUUAUAUACUCCUUAUUUUCUGCUUGCAAGGAGCCUGAUAUGGAUUCUGGUAUUCCCUUUAAAGUGGAUGCAAUAAUUGCAAAUCCCCCAGCAUAUGGGCAUACUCAUGUGGCAGAGGCACUAAAAGUUCCUAUUCAUGUAUUUUUCACGAUGCCAUGGACGCCAACUAGUGAGUUUCCACAUCCUUUGUCCCGUGUCAAGCAAACAACUGGGUAUAGGCUAUCGUACCAAAUUGUUGACUCCUUAAUCUGGCUUGGUAUACGGGACAUGAUUAAUGAUGUUCGCAAGAAAAAAUUGAAACUAAGACCUGUCACAUAUUUAAGUGGUUCGCAAGGCUCUGAUUCUGAUGUACCAUAUGGAUAUAUAUGGAGCCCCCAUCUUGUUCCUAAACCAAAAGAUUGGGGACCUAAGAUUGAUGUGGUGGGGUUUUGCUUCCUUGAUCUUGCAUCAAAUUAUGAACCUCCAGAAGCACUUGUGAAGUGGCUUGAAGCUGGUGACAAGCCUAUAUAUAUUGGCUUUGGUAGCUUGCCUGUUCAAGAGCCCCAAAAGAUGACCCAAAUAAUUGUGGAAGCAUUGGAAAAGACGGGGCAGCGGGGCAUCAUUAACAAAGGAUGGGGUGGCCUUGGGGACUUGGCCGAACCAAAGGAUUUCAUAUACUUAUUGGACAACUGCCCUCAUGAUUGGCUGUUUCUACAAUGCAAGGCUGUGGUGCAUCACGGAGGUGCUGGAACAACAGCUGCUGGUCUCAAAGCUGCAUGUCCAACGACGAUUGUUCCGUUCUUUGGAGACCAACCUUUCUGGGGAGAGCGAGUACAUGCCAGAGGAGUGGGCCCUGGACCCAUUGCAGUUGAUCAGUUCUCACUUCCCAAGUUGGUUGAUGCAAUAAAUUUCAUGCUUGAUCCCAAGGUGAAGGAGCGGGCUGUCGAACUUGCCAAGGAUAUGGAGAACGAGGAUGGCGUCACAGGAGCAGUAAAGGCCUUCUUUAAGCAUCUUCCCAGCAGGAAACCUGACCCCGAGCCAGAAGCAGUGCCGUCAGGGUUUCUCUCUGUAAGCAGAUGCUUCGGUUGUUCAUGAAUCCUGGAUGCCAUUCUGUCUGUUUAUUUCUUCCCCGCAGCGUAGGGCCGAGACGCCCUGAAUGUGCUCACAAAGAAAAGAAAAGCACAGGUCCCUACUUUCUACUCUUGUUCAUAAUUCUCGAUCUUGAAAAUUAAAUUUGUAAUUAGUUUAUAUUGUUCACUUUCAACAUUCAUUCGGAGAAAGGGCAUUUGUUCUGAAGUUAGUAAAAUUUACAUUAAUUUGCAAAUGAAA